GGAGCACGUAGAGCCCAACUCUGAGUUCCCACGGUUCUACGUUCCGGCAAAGUGCACCUGGCUUUUUCGGCCCCCGUAUAAAACCAACAUUGCCGAUGGCGAACACAUCAUUCCGAGUCGAGCAGCCAGCAUAGUCAGAGCGUUCACUUAGUUAAAAAGUUCCCGUCAGUAGUGUUUCGAGUUUUACGUGUUUUUUUUUUUUUAAAUUUUUUGAAAAAAAAUUAUUAUGUCGAGUGUGAGUGUAUACGAAUACCAGCCAACAAUGCAUCAAUCUUAUGACGCAAAACCUAUGUCAAAGACCAUGCAGUACCGUAAGGUAAUGAAGCCUUUAUUGGAAAGAAAACGGCGUGCCAGAAUCAAUAGGUGCCUUGACGAACUUAAGGAUCUUAUGAUCUCAGCCUUGGCCAUGGACGAAGAAAACGUGACCAAACUUGAAAAAGCCGAUAUUUUGGAAAUUACCGUGGCCCAUCUACAAAAACUCAAGCGUCAAAAACAACUCGCUUCUAAUCCAAUUUUGGAAGCCGACCGAUUCCGUUCCGGAUACACCACUUGUGCCAAAGAAGUUUCCAGAGUACUCGCUUCAGUACCUGGUGUUGAUAUUCAUUUGGGUACCAAAUUGAUGACGCAUCUUGGAUACCAGCUAAACGAAAUCGAUGCUCCUAGAGUUGAUCAUCAAACACCUUUGGUGGUCAAUGUUGGACCUUCCAGUGAUUCUAGCAUAGAGUCCUAUCAGCAUAAAGAGUAUCAAAUGCCUAUGACGCCGCCUUCUUCUAGAGGUUCACCUUCUCCAAUUAAUGUUACAGAUAGUGAAAAUGAAAAAGUUUGGAGACCUUGGUAAAUUUUUAAAUUUUUCUUUGAUAAAAAUGUUUUAACAAAGCUUUAAUUAAUUUUUUGUAAAAAUCUUAAUGUCUUCCCAAAAAAAAUGUCUUUGUUUAUUAAUUGUUUUCUAAUAAUUAUUUCAUUUUUCCAAGGCUUUAAUUGUAUAAAAUAACUGUUAAAUCUGUGAUAAUAAUUUUGUAAGUUUAAAAACUUGUAUAUCUUUGUACUGGUACAAAUUUACAUAGAUCUGUGAUAUGAUUUUUAGAUUUAGAAUAUUCAAUUUAAUAAAAUAUGAAUUUGAAUUUA